GCAAACCAACAACCAAAAAUACCCAUUGCGACCUAUCAAAUUAAACGCCAUCGAAUGGCGCACAUAAAUCCGCAACGCCAACAGUCCCAAAACCGAACCUUGCGGCCCACCGCCAGUUGUUAACUAAAACGCCGGUCCAUCAUAAUGGGGGGUUGGUGGCGUGACGCAACAAGUGCCAAUGGUUACGUCCGUCCCAUCACCUACCAUUGGUCCAGAUAACAAUAUACAGGCGUGCCACCAAUCCGAAGUCGCUCAUUCAACCGACACCUUCACUCGGUGCAACAUCUACAAGUUGUAGCGCUGCACUUUUGCCGUUCAGUUCGGUUCCCUGUGAUUCUGUGGUGAACGUAGAGACUGAGAAAAAGGGAAUGAUCCUUUUAUCAGUAUUAUUGGCGGCAAUCACCGUCCACACCGCCGUCUCCAGAAGACUGAGCGACAUCUCCAACGAACUGACGCCGGGCGCCAUCGGCAACAGGUACUACCGCGAGAACCCCGAAUGGGUGAAGAUAUUCUCGGCGCCGCAGGACACGGUCGCCCAGAAAUACGGCGCCCCAGUCGAACUGACGUGUCAGGCGAUGGGUUCGCCGCCACCCACCAUCCAAUGGUACAAGCGUAACACGAAACUGACGGAGAACGAGCCCGAUUACGAGGUCCAAUCGGAAGGCUUGGCCAAAGUGACGUCGCGAUUGGUGAUCAACUAUUUGCUGCCCCGGCACGAGGACCUGUACAGGUGCGUGGCGGUGAGCGGUGGCGAGGAGGCGACCGCCGUCUCCAAGCUCAUCGUCAUCAACACCGAGGGCAAUCGGGAGUUGAACUUCACCCAGCUGCUCCAGAACAAGAUAUUGGGCGCCUAUCAUCGCCCCAGGGCUUCGUAUUGGGCCACCACUUAUAUGGAUGUCAUUGGAAACAACGUAUAUUUGCCAUGCAGGACCGUAGGAAACCCAAAACCGGAACUCGUAUGGCUGGACCCCAUGGACAGGAAAGUGUCACGCGACGAAAGGGACAGGGUGCACGUGAUGGCUAACGGCGAUCUUGCCAUUAGAGAAAUGCAAUGGUCCGACAUGGGCAACUACAUCUGCUCAGUGUCCAACGUCGUUGGGGAGGAUCAAGUGGAAACGUUCCUCUAUCCCAUGAAGAGGUCGGACAAAUAACAACGGAACAAGGCUCAUCCACCAACGAGAAUCUAGUCAAAUUACAUAAGAUUUUUUUAUUUAUGAGAUUAUUGAUAGUAUUUAUUUAUAUAUAACAAUAAUUUAUGUACUUACUAAAUUGUAAAAACUUAACAUGUUUAAAGAAUAUUAUAAAAGCAUUCUUUAAGUC